GAAGAGGGCAAGAAGGGGGAUGGGGAGCGACGGUGGCAUGGCUCGUCUUAUAUAUGCUGGAUGCGGGGAGAGACGCGAUUGGCCCGUGCGCGCGUCGUCCAGGGAGCGCCGUAUCAGCCACCCGUAGCGACGUCGUCCACCAAUCACAGAGCGCGUAGGCGAUCACCGAUUUUCUGCAACGGCCCGCGCUCAUUGGCUGAUCGCGCUCUGCUCUCUCGCCGCCACCAUGUCCGACCCCCGCUUUGCCAGAUUCAAGACUGACCCCCGCUUCCGCCGCAUCAAGAAGGACACUGCAAAGGUCACCGUCGACGAGCGUUUCAAGGGCCUUUUUGACGGGAGCAAGCAGGGUAAGAAGGGAAAAGGUCGCGUCGACAAGUAUGGCAGGCCCCUCGCAGAUACCUACGAGGAAGAUAAUUUGCGCCGAUUCUACCGGCUAGAAGAGGAUGAAGAGAAACGUGAGCCGGAAGCUGGCCGGGGACUGGACUAUGCUCGAGGAGCGGUGCUGCUCGAGUCUUCGGACGAGGAGGACAAGCAGGAGCCAGACGACGAUGAGAGUGACACUGGUGGCACCGUCACUCUAGGGCGCGAUGUUUCAAAACCCAUUCUCGUUCCAGAUGAGGACGAGGAGGCCGAGAUCGACUUGGACGAGGACGCCUAUGCCGAGCUCAACGCCCAAGUUACUGCGUACGCAAAGGAGAACCCGGAGAAUGACAAGGUUGUACCGGAGGCAGGGCGCACUCGCAGGCUUGCAGUCGUGAACCUCGACUGGGACCAUGUCCGCGCGAUCCAUCUUUACAAGAUUUUCUCCUCUCUCGUAUCGCCCACUGCGCACCCUGCGGCUUCCACAUCUACAUCAACCACAAAUAGAAAGAGUCCGAAAACAAGGGGCUCGGCGAGCGGCGUCGUUCGGGGCAAAGUGCUGAGCGUGCGCGUGUAUCCGAGCGAGUUCGGCAAGGAACGCAUGGCGAGAGAGGAGCAGGAGGGGCCUCCACCGGAGGUAUUCAAAAAGAAGAAGGAUGAGGAGGACGAAGAGAUCAACGAGCGGACGAUUUUUGAGACUGGGGAGGAAGAGGACUAUGACGAACAUGCGUUGAGAAACUACCAGCUAGAACGAUUGCGAUAUUAUUAUGCCGUUGUAGAAUGUGACAGCGUCGAAGCCGCAUCGCAUAUAUACGACGAGCUAGAAGGCACGGAGCUCGAGCGCUCGGCGAACGUGUUCGAUCUCAGCUUUGUCCCAGAUAACAUGUCCUUCGACGAGGAGUAUCGUGACGAGGCUAACGACGAUCUGAGCAUGCCGUACAAGGGACUUGACUUCGUAACCGACGCUCUUCGGCAUUCAAAGGUUAAGCUGACAUGGGAUGACGAUGAACCAGACCGAGUCCAACUUACCCGCCGCACACUCUCGCGCAAGGAGAUCGAGGAGAACGACUUCAAGGCCUACCUCGCCUCCUCCACCUCAGGCUCCGAGGACGGGGACGACGUCGCCCCCGCUAAGAAGAAGGAGGCGAAAGCUACGUCGCGCGACAAGCUACGCGCGUUGCUGCUCGGCGGAGGCGACGAUGCACUGCCCGAGGGCUGGGGCCGCGGGAACGGGGCAGAUGACGACGCGAGCGACGUGGACAUGGAGAUCACAUUCAUGCCGGGGCUGAGCGCACAGAAGGAGGAUCACGACGAGACGACGCUGGAGAAGUACCAGCGGAAGAUGAGGGACAAGAGGAAGAAGCGGAAGGAGGAGAUACACGAGCGAGCGAACGCGAAGGAGGAGAAGCUUGGUACGCAGGAUGACUUCUUCGCGGAGGGGAGCGAGGAAGAGGGCGAUGGGGAGGUGGAUGGGAGCGCGCAUGAAGAGGAGCAGACGUGGCGCGGCAAGAAGAACAAAAGGAACAAUAAGGGCCGCAAAGGCGAGGACGAGGACGCCGAAUCGGAGGCGCGCCGCCCCGCGACUGCGGAAGAGCUCGCGCUCCUCGUCGCCUCAGACAGCGCAGCUGGCGAGCCGAAGCACUUCAACAUGAAGACAGUGCUAAAGGCUGAGAAGAAGCAGAAAUUGAAGGGGAAGAACAAGAAGAAGAGCAAGCACGCAGCAGAGGAAGAGAACGAGCUGCAGGAGGGUUUCAGCAUCGAUGUCAAGGAUGAGCGGUUCAAGGCGGUGCAUGAGGAGUAUGCAUUUGCGAUUGACCCGAGUAAUCCUCGCUUCAAGAAGACGAAGAGCAUGUCGGCCCUGCUGGAGGAGCGGUCGAAGAGGCAAAAGGAGAAGCCUACGAAGGCGGCCACGCCUGUGACCAGCAACGCAGAGGCGGAGGCCAGUGAUGGCUUGAAGAGCCUGAUAGAGAGGGUCAAGAGGAAAAGCGCUGCGGCUGAGCAGCAAGGCAUAGGGAAGAGGAGGAGGGUGUAG